AUGCUUACCAAGUUUGACGUUCGGUCCUGUCGGGUGAAGGGGAUCAGCUUUCACAAGUCGCGGCCAUGGGUGCUCUGCGGUCUGCACAACGGAACAGUUCAGAUUUGGGAUUACCGCAUAAACAUGUCGAUUGACAUGUACAGAGAACACAGCGGCUCUGUCCGUGGUGUUGAUUUUCACAUUUCCCAGCCCCUGUUUGUCUCUGGAGCCGAUGAUUUCUUGAUAAAGGUGUGGAACUACAAGCUGCGCCGCUGCCUCUUUACGCUGCGGGGACACAUGGACUACAUCCGCGUGACGUUUUUUCACCACGAGCAGCCUUGGAUCCUCUCCUGCUCGGAUGACUUUACGGUCCGAAUUUGGAAUUGGCAAAGUCGCAGCAGCGUUGCGUGCCUGCCUGGGCACAACCACUACGUCAUGUGCGCCCAAUUCCACCCACGGGAGGACUUGGUGGUCUCGGGAAGUUUGGAUAGAACCAUCCGCGUCUGGGACAUUUCUUCGCUGCGAUUGCGCAAGCAGGAGGUGGGUCUGGCCCAAGACCUGCUUGGCACGAGUGACGUGACCCUCAAGUAUCUGCUUGAGGGUCACGAGAAGGGGGUCAAUUGGGUCUGCUUCCACCCCACCAAGCCGUACAUCGCCUCCGCCUCGGACGAUCGAACCGUGCGUAUCUGGCGCAUGAUGGAGUCCUCCUGCCACGAGGAGCUGCAGCUGCGGGGGCACACUAAUAAUGUGUGCUGCGUAGUGUACAUGAAAGACUUUAUCCUGUCCAAUUCUGAGGAUCGCACCAUUCGUGUGUGGGACGUGAAGUCCCGCAAUGCGAUCAUGGUGUUUCGCCGCGACACUGACCGUUACUGGAUUUUGGCGACGCUCCCCGAGAGGAGACUCAUCGCCGCCGGCCACGACUCAGGGAUACAGGUGUUUAAGCUCUUUCGCGAGCGACCAGCGUGGGCGGUGAGCGGGAAGCAGCUCCACUACGUCUACGAAAACGCAUUGUACACCUACAACUUUGAGACAAAGGUGGAGUCCAAGUUUAACCUCACCCAGCACCUCCACCCACCUCGCACCAUCUCCUGUAACCCUGUGGAUAACGUGGCUGUGCUGUGGUACGACAACGAUGGCGGGAUGACCGAGACCUUCACAAUCCCCAAGCCUGGUUGCGCCGUUGACGCAGACGUCAAAAAACGUCUCAACGUCACCGACGCUGUGUUCUUUGCCCCCAACAAGUAUGCAUUUGUGGACAAGAGCAAAAACAUGGUCGUCUGCAAUUGGCAAGGGAAUCGGGACAAGUUGAUCACCCCGGAGCACAGUUGUAAGCGCAUCUUCCCAGGCCCAAUGGGGUCUGUUUUGUGCCUCACGGAGGAAGAGAUUGAGGUAUAUCACAUGGCUCAGCACAGUGUGACGGCACAGGCGGCUGCGAGCGGCAUCAGGUACGUCGUCUGGGACAAGGACUUUAACAAGGUGGCGUUGAUAUCAAAAAAUAUGAUCACCGUCACGACCAAGCGCCUCAAACUUAUAACAACGAUUGUGACAUCAACGGUGCGCAUGAAGUCGGCUGCGUUUGAUGAGCAGCGCAAUAUUUUGUACUACACAACCUCCAAUCACCUAAAUUAUUGUAACCUUCGCACGGGGGAGUGCAGUACAAUUCAGUCUAUGCAGAGUCCAGCGUAUCUUGUGCGAGCAAGCGGGGACACCAUUUGGAUGCUCACGCGUGAGGGAAAGGUGAUGAUGCAGGAGCUGGAUAACCAGGAACUUAAUUUUAAACUGAAGCUUCAGCAACAGGCCUACCGCGAUGUAAUCAAAAUUAUUCAGCGUAAGCAGCUGCAAGGGCAGGCGCUUGUGGGGUACCUACAUAAACAUGGACACUCUGAAAUUGCACUGCAUUUCGUGACAGAACCCUUCACGCGGUUUAACCUGGCAGUAGAGUGUGGGGCGUUGGACAUCGCCAAAACGACUGCCAUUGAGCUGAACCAGGCUUUUGUUUGGAGACGCUUGGCCGAGGCGGCGACAAUGUACGGUGACAUUCAGCUGGCGCAGUUUGCCCAUUCAAAAACGUCAAAUUUUUAUGGUGGGGCAUUGUUAUCUUUGAUGACGGGAAACAUGGCGGCUUUGGGUCAUUUAGUGGACACAACCGACGAUGAUAACUUCAAGUUACACUAUGGCUUGUACCUUAGCGAUGCGAAGCAACGGGUACAGAUACUAGCAAAAGCGGGUCAACUUCCACUGGCGUAUCUGACGGCUAAAUCAAACGGCCUGGAUGAUGUGGCGUCCGCACUUUGUGCUCAAAUGGACCCUGAGGUGUCUGAACGCAUGUUGCAGGUUGAGGUUCAUCGUGUGCCAGAACUCUCCACACCUGCCCCUGUGACUGAGAAUUGGCCCAUGCUACAGGUAGAGGAAUCCAUGUUUGCGCGUCUUUUAAAGGAGCCAGGUCAUUUUGACGGCGUCCAGGCCGCGCUUGGGGAUGAUGAGGAUGACGAGGCUGAGGAACACGCAGGUGCUGGGUGGGACGAAGACGAUAAUGAGGCCACGGGCAUGGGUGAGGAGCAGGAGGAGGGAGAGGUAGAGGGCGGGGGGUGGGAUGAUGACCUUGACAUUCAGGCGCCAGAAGAGUACGUGGCGGAGGCAGCACAAAAGGUGGCGUACGCUGCACCCGUGGAGAACCCCCCACUUUCCCAGCACUGGGUGGAAAAGUAUUCCCUUCCGGCCUUCCACGUAGCGGCGGGCUCAUUUUUGACGGCCUUUGAUUUGCUGCGACGCCAAAUCGGUUUGUGUGACCCGGCGCCACUGAAGCCGUACGCGAUGGACUUGUGGGUUUCUGUGAACGCCUCGCGACCGUCGUGGCUCGUCCCAUCGGCCGUCUUUCCUUUGUCUACGUGUCCGCCUGAUGAGCAGCGGGGUGCCCGUCACGCUCCUCUGCUACCGGACUACAUUCCAGUGCUAACGGAGAAACUUCGGGCCGGAUACGCGGCGUUUGUGGAGGGUCGCUUUGUGGAAGCCCAAGCCCAGUUUCUGGGGAUCAUGCAUCAAGCUGUGUUUGCCACAGUCAAGGAUGAAAGGCAGCGUGCAGCUCUCCUUGAGCUUACGACGAUUGCCUCGGAAUACGCGCGUGCGCUCAGUGUCCAACUUCACUGCCGCAGCCUAGACGGGAGUUCCAAAGAGACUCUGGAGCUCUCUCUCUACUUUACACACUUUAAGCUUCAGCGCCCGCACCUCACCUUGGCUCUCUCCCAGGCCAUGAGCAAAGCGUACAAGCUGAAGAACAUUAAAACCGCUGCAGCGGUGGCCAGACGCCUGCUUGAUCAAGAUCCUCCAAAGACGAAGGCGAACCAGGCGGCCGCAAUUGUAGCUGAGGCGGAACGAAACCCGAAAGACGCGUGGGUGUUGGACUAUGAUGAACGCAAUCCCUUCUUCCUCUGCUCCGUCUCACAUCGUCCGAUAUACAAGGGAACGGCUGAUCCAAUACACUGCAGCUACUGCCACGCCCCUGCACAUUUGGAACAUAAAGGGACGGUGUGCCCGGUAUGCAAAAUUGCCGUUUUGGGUGCGGAGUCAGCUGGUCUUGUGAAUCGAGCUUAG